AUGCAUCCCAAGGCUCGAAUCCACGCCGACCCGGUGCGCGAGGUUGACCACUUCGACUGCCUGCCGGAUUCGCUCGUCCUGCUGAUCCUGAACAAGGUCGAGGACGUGCGAUCGCUCGGCCGGUGCUACGCCGUGUCCAAGCGCCUCUGUGGGCUUGUUCCCCUUGUCCAUGAUGUGUAUGUCAAGAUUGACCGCGUCGUGGCGGUCGACGGCGACGCCGAGGACACGCUCAACCUGUCCUCGCCGAAGCCUCGGAACAUCUUCUCGCACUUCCUGAAGCUGAUGCUCCUCACAAUCAUCAAGCCGUUCCACAACAUGCGAAACCCUAAUGGUACUGGGAGGCCAUUGUUCCCGCAGCUCUCGCAGCACUCGCCAGCACAGGUGCUCAGGAACUUCACGCACGUCAGGAAUCUUCGGAUUGAGCUCCCCUCUGGGGAUGUGGGUACUGAGGAGGGAGUUCUCCUGAAAUGGCGGGCAGAGUAUGGGAGCACACUUCAGAAUUGUGUGAUCCUGGGGGGUACCCGGGUUGACCGCAAGCCUGUUGGUGGAGAGCAUGAGCCAUCUUUGGAGGAUAAUGGAAGCAUGCCAGAGUCUUUCUAUACCAAUGGCGGCCUGAAACUUCGUGUCGUCUGGACAAUCAGCUCUCUAAUUGCGGCAUCAACGAGGCACUAUCUUCUCCGCUCAGUCAUCAAUGACCAUCCCACACUUUGGAGCUUGGUACUAACAGAUGCCGAUGGCCAAGGCACAUUGUCCAUGGGGGCAGAGCAGCUGAAGGAGUUCAGAGAGAACCAGUUGUCUGCCUCGGCAUGUUCCAACAGGACUCAGGUCCCAGCUUGCAACAUGAAGCUCAAGUACACUCCAUAUCUUGAGCUGCCUGGUGGCAUGGCGUUGCAAGGCGCUACUUUGGUGGCUAUCAAACCCUCACCUGAGGGAAGCAAUGGAAGCCACCCUAACCGUAAGGAGGCUGACGGAUUUGUCUUUGGAGCAUUUGAUGGGCCAUUUAAGGCUGCUGUGAAGGCACUGAUGAAGAGACGCACUUACCUUCUGGAGAUGAAUGGCUUCUAG